AUGAAAAUGGUUUUAUCAAAUUGCGGCCGAAUAAGAUCGAUUUACCGAAAUUACACUUUUAAAACUAAUUACAUCAACAUUGUCUAUACAGUUAGCCGAAUCAACCUUCUGCAACGAAACAGCCUUCUGCAGAUU